AAACAAACACAUGAAUAUCAUAUUUUCUUUUUUAAAUUUGGUUAACUCAUAAAAAAAGUUGUAAGUUCUUUGAACGAGAUCAGAAAUGGGACGUUAGCCAUCUGCUUCGUAGUUCGUACUGCUCUAACUAACGAUGCAUUUUUUGAAACUGUAAGAAUUGGACCUGCUUCGCCACCACACCAAUGAACCGUCCUCUGAAAAGCUUUUUUCAGUUAUCUAGUGGCAUUCCCAUAUGCUUGAUUUGCCAUUUCUGUGUCUGAAUAGCAGAAAUAUCGGCAAUCUGAGAUGCCUUCAUCUCCCAAAUACUUCACAGCCCGCCCAUUCACCCACUCAUAUUCUCGCAGAUCCACGACCCUCAUCCUGAUCUUCUUGAUCGGCCUCGCCGGGUUUUUGAUUGCGCUAAUCGCUAUUUCGAGACAAGGAUUCGGGUACAGAUGUGAAUCCAAAGAGCCCAGAUCAGUUUCGGUUGUCUGGGAUAGAAGCAGCGGGAUGCCGAGCAGUGGCGGUGUUGAUGGAGAGCGAAAGAGACACAAAGUAAUGGGCUUUGUCGGGGUCCAAACUGGGUUCACAUCCGCAGCUCGCCGGCGGGCCCUCCGGCAGACUUGGUUUCCCUCAGAUCACCAAGGGCUUCAAAAGCUGGAAGAGUCUACUGGUUUGGCUUUUAGGUUUAUUAUUGGUAGAACUAGCGAUAAAUCAAAGAUGUCAGAGCUUAGACGGGAGGUUUCACAGUAUGAUGAUUUUGUGCUGUUAGACAUUGAAGAAGAGUACAGUAAGCUCCCAUACAAAACUUUAGCUUUUUUCAAAGCUGCAUACGCGCUUUAUGAUUCAGAGUUUUAUGUCAAAGCUGAUGAUGACAUAUACUUACGACCAGAUCGCCUGUCUUUACUAUUGGCCAAAGAACGUUCUCACUCGCAAACAUACCUUGGGUGCAUGAAAAAGGGCCCAGUUUUCACUGAUCCUAACCUCAAAUGGUAUGAGCCAUUAUCGAAAUUGCUUGGAAAGGAAUACUUUUUACAUGCUUAUGGUCCUCUUUAUGCUCUUUCUGUUGAUGUUGUUUCUAGCCUAGUUGCACUUAGGAACAACAGUUUCCGAAUGUUCAGCAAUGAAGAUGUUACCAUUGGCUCUUGGAUGCUUGCAAUGAAUGUCAACCAUGAGCAUGAUCAACAGCUAUGCCAAACCCAGUGUACCGCCACAUCUAUUGCUGUAUGGGAUAUUCCCAAGUGUUCAGGACUGUGUAACCCUGAGAAGAAGAUGCUGGAACUCCAUGCAAAAGACAUAUGUUCAAAGAGCCCUACUUUACCUACCGAUGAAGAUGAUUAAUAACUCCAUCUUGUGCCAAUACACGAUAAGAUUGAAUGCAGAUUGGUAACCACAACUUCAUUUUGUAUCGAUCCUUUUUACCUUUACUGUUAUGUUCA